UUAAUCAAAUGGUAACUCUUGAGUCCUUGAUGAGAAUGUCGGAUAAAUCGUUUUAGUUGUUUGUUCAUCGUGCCGCCAUGAGCAACUCCAUUACCGUUUCGAUUGUUCUGCUCUGCACUUUAAACAUGGUGAUGCCAUUCUUUUUUGACGCGAAAGACUCCAGCAACGCGUUCAGGGACUCCCGUUCUUCGCACAUUUCAUUCUUCAAGGGUCCCGACGGUAACUGCUACCGACAAGUGAUCACUAACGACAACGGCAACGAGGUGAUCAGGAAUGAGAAGGUCGACUGUGCUGAGGCAGAGCGAGAGAUGAAGGAACAUCAGGCCAAGACUCAGCACAAGAUCAAGCAGCAGUUCCACAAAGUCAAUGAGGACAUGAAAAAAACACAAAAAGCCAUCGAGGACCAAAUCAAAAACAGCAUGAAGAGUUUUAACUUCUUCUAAAACAACGCUUUAAAUUCAAACGUUUGGAGUAAAUUAUGUGAUAAUACUUACUUGAAAAUAAAACUAGAAUGAAACUGUU